AUGGAUAUCGUGGAUUACCUGUCGAAAGAAAGGAAUAAUGAUGGAACAAGAGGCCCUCUAACGAAGCGCGACGAACAAUUGUUGGAAACUUCUGCCGCCUUAUUGCAGUAUUUCACUGAAGACAGUGUAAAACGAUGGAAAGAAGCAUUUGAAAUGGAAGUCGAAGGAGAACCGGUAGGUUUUCGAGUAUCUGAAAAAAAGUGAAAAAAUUAGAGUUGAAGCGGUUUGGAUGCACCGAUGAUGACCGAGUACUGUUGCGUGACGCUCCUAUAUUAUUUUUUUUUAUUUUGCUUCAUGGCGUGGAAAACCUUUUUCUACUUAUUUUAUCUUCAUAAUACUCAUCAUUAUAACCAAUUUUUAAACCUGUUUCAAGCACUUUUUUGCAAGUUUAGGAAGAACCAUUUCCAAAUGAAAAAUGGGUAUGGUUGAAUAUUAUGCGUUAAAAAAUACUCGUACAAAUGUAAAAAGGCAUAAUGUAUUAGGCUGUUCGAGAAGAGACACCCGCGGCGUCCCCGCUUUAAAAAAUAAAAUCGAAAGAAUGUCAAGAUCCAUUUUUCCUCUGAGAUUUAAAUUCACGGUUUUUUUCUCUCAUUUCUUUAAUACUCAAGAUUGAUUUUUUUCAUCAGAAAACGUCAAAUCUUUUUUUUCGCAGAAAGAAGACCUCAGUGAUCCGAAUCCAGCCUACGAUUCAUUGAGAGAAGCCAAAACCUACAGCGAGUUUGAAAAUGCGGCCAACUUUAAGCGAUUCACCGUCAUGCAAGUAAUUGAUUUCUCGUUAGAAAUUGAAAAAAGAAAGAUUUCCCAAAAUUCUCGGUUACGAAAUAUUAUGGAGCUCUAUCCAUUUCCAAAGGUCAAUUCAAUUCAUUCAGUCUUCAGAGGUCAGGUCGGCCUUCAUUUAGUCUGUUCAGAUUUUGAAGGUCAAUCCAACGCUCAAGCUCCGCCCACAGUGUUCCCAAACAGGCGGCAGAUGUGGUCAUUGGGCGUGGCCGUAUGCAAUGGGGGCGCGGCUUAUUGCAAUAGUGGCGCGACAUUGAGAGCCGAUCUUUGUGCAUUUACUGGAUGAAAACAUAGCGUUGAAUAGUUUUUUUCAAGGCCUCCUCAAACUUUUAUAGUAAUUUUAAUAUAGUCCAACUCACAAUGAACUUAUUGAAAAUGGAAUAUGAACGGAAUCGCUUUUUCCAAAAGAUUUAUCACACGAAAUGCCUUUUUUCAAGACCAUCCGUCGCGUGAAGUCCUAAAAAAUUUUUUAAAGGAAAAAACCCAUGACGGUUUCUUCAAAAAACGCAUUCUGAAUAUUCUGAAACGAAAAAAAGAAUAAAUUGGCUUCGGCACAAAAAAUUUAUAACUCAAAAAAAGUCAUUUUUAGACAACAUAUGUUUUUGUAAAAACGUCGAAAAAAAAUUUUGAGCUCUGGGCGGUUUUCUUAAGAAACUCAUUCUGAGCAUUUUAAAACAAAAACAUGGAAAGUUCGGGACCAUCUCGAUCAAAAAUUAACUCAAGUACCUCUCAAACGCAUCCAACACGGUUAUAUUACACAACAGAAAGUGAAUCUAUUCAAAAUCUGAAAAAAUACGUGAGAAAAAGAGAAAAAACUAUAUUUAAAUUGAAUGAAAUUUUGAGAGAUUGACACGCGCCGCACCGCGUGGCGUUAGAAGGAACUCGCGUUUUCGCCCCAUUGAGGCGACCAUUGUUUUCGCCUGCGCUCGCCUGUUUUGAAACACUCUCUACAAGAAGCGUGCACGGUGCGAGCACUGAUUUUGCACUUUUUCACUGCACGGUGCAUGUUGUCGUUUUGCACCUCGCAAUUUUGGGUCUUUUUCAGUGCGCAUGAGGUGCAACACCGCACGGUGCUGACACUCUGAACCACAAAACUAAACAUGCUUUGCUACUCAAUUUAGGCCUUUUCUUUCUCCAUCAUCCGACUUUUCUAACGAAAAAAACCAUCCCUAAAACGAAAAAAAAAUAUAAAUAACAUGUAGAACUGAGAGAAAUGGACUGAAUUGACAGGAUUUCGAAUACCCGAAUUUCUGAUUCGGAGUGUCAGCACCGUGCGGUGUUGCACCUCAUGCGCACUGAAAAAGACCCAAAACUGCGAGGUGCAAAACGACAACAUGCACCGUGCAGUGAAAAAGUGCGAAAUCAGUGCUCGCACCGUGCACACUCCCUGUAAAGCUGUGCCGCCCCUGAGCCAAACAGAGAGCGAACCAUCUACAGAGCGUUUACGAAUGAUGUCAUUGGACAUGACAUUAAAAAUUUGAACAGAUUAGAAAAAUACUUUUCAAAUAUAUUUCAGUUUGUUUACUAAGUUUUUUUUUUUUUUGGAAGGACACUCUUUGAAAAAAAAAAUUUCAACCCUUUACAAUUUUGCUGUAUAUAGUGUUUACUAGCACACAACCUGAAGUUCAGAUUGAUGUUAAUUUUAUUUCUACAACAGAAAGACUGCAGUCAUGCGUCAAAGCAGAAGUGGUUCAACAGAGUUUGUCCGGCCCUCAAUUUUUUAGAAACGUCCAAAAUUAACUGAAAAAACAGUUUGAUGAACUUCUGAAGGCUUUCGGACGGCUUUAAGCGUUUAGAUCUUCUAGAGAAGAAGUAACUGAUGAAAGCCAUGUCUGUACUAACUGACCACAAAAAAUCAAAAUCAUUCUCAAAGCCGUUCAUGAGAAAUGCGUCUAAAUGUUCAGCGAUCAUGUCAUUGUCAUUGAUAACUGACCAAAACUUUUCAAGAAAAAGGAUUUUUAGGCUGGUUUUACGUUCAAAACGUCCCAAAUUUUGAAACUUAUAAGCCAAGAAACUUUUAACCGAAAAAAAAGAAAGAAACUUAGUAAACGGAAGAAGUCGCGAAGAAAAUAAAAUUUCAGAAAAAUUUCCCAAAUUUUGCCCUUUCUGAAAAUGUUUUAGUGCUUCAUAAUCCGUGAGAGGAUUCUCGGCCGACCCCACCCAGAUGUUCGUCGUGCGAUCUAUGAAUAUUUGGAAGUUCACUCAUGUUUCCCCACUGAUAAGCCAAUGAACCAGCGGUUAGCAUUUUGUUGGAAUAAUUUCUAAAGAAAUAAUUUAUAACGACUUGUCGAUCAAUGAUGAGCGGGAUUUCCGUUUCCGAAAAAAAAAUUUUUUCCGUUUCCGCUAGAAGACGGAAAAUUAUCUUUUCCGUUUCCGCCACCUGACGGAAUUUUCUUCAUUCCUAUAUCAUUAAUGCCGACUGAAUUAAAGUAUCGCCAUUGUUAUGUAUAGUCUUUUUUUUUCUCUGAAUCACUAAGAAUAACUGCCGAGAUAAACGCGAGACGCUGGCGGUACAGUUUUAACUGUGCGAUAAAAUGCGAGAUGUUUGCGAGUUCUUAAAAGAACUCGCAAACAUUUCGCAUUUUACUGGCUAUUUGAUUCUAAAAUGCAAGGUAAAGGCAAGGUCGCGGCGAGAAAAAUGCGAGAUUGCGCCUAGAAAAAAGCGACUUGUUUGCGAGUUUAUCAAUGUACCGACACCGACCUUGCGUUUGUCUCGGCAGUUAUUCUUAGUGGUGUUGAAACGAAGCUCCGUGCGUUUCUGUGUUUUGUACGCACGUGACAUAAUCCAGAAGCGCAUAAAUUGAUUUAAAUCUCAAGUUAUGCAAGUAAAAAAUUGAUCAACUUGAGAUUCAAAUCAAUUUUAUAAAAAAUCUUUGAAUGGAUAGUACGACAAAAUUUCAAGGGCGGAAUUUCCGCUUCCGUCUUUCGCCCACAUUUCGGGUUUCGUUUCCGUUUUCGCCGAUAGGCGCAAAAAAAAAAAAACGUCUUCCGCUCAUCAUUGGGUGGUAUGAAAAAAAGACCAGCGAAAAUUCAAACGGCGACUUUUCCGAUUUUUUCGUAUCGCUAAGGAACUUUCCGACGGCCACCUUUCCGACGAAACUUUUUUUCCGACUUUUUUUCCCUUAUAGUUUUCAGUUUUUAAAACAUCUAUAAACAUUUUUUUUUUCCCCCAUUUUUUUGUGUUUUAAUCAUGAACCAACCACCUAAUUUAUAUAGGAAGAUUUAAAACGAAGAGUUUAUCGAGAAAAAAAGUCGGAAAAAGAUUCGUCGGAAAGUUCCCUAGCGAUAUGAAAAAAUCGGAAAAGUCGCCGUUUGAAUUUUCGCUGGUGUUUUUUUCAUACCACCCAUCAUUGGUGUCGAUGUUCUCAAAGACAUGAUAAACAAAAUACCGAAAAAAUCGCCAGAGAAAAAUAAAAAACAAGUGGCAAAAAUUUUCGACUUUUGAGAGCCCCUAACUUUUUCACAGGCAUCGAGGGAAGUUUUGAGGACAGUCGUUUGAAAAAAAAGGGAAAUUCCAUGCCUAUCAGCGAACUUUUGAAGUUUUCCUGUUGAUUUCAGAGAUAUCUCGCUUCGAUGUUAUUUGCUUCAUCUUUAUCACAAGUGGGUUCAGAGCUUUUCGAGGCGAUUUACCUAUUUCUGUCUUACAGAUAUGACGAACCCAUGACGAGAGAGUUUAACACUGUUUUCAGAAUUUUUGUUGCCUGUGUGCUGUCUUUUGAGGAGCAUGUCCCAAGGGAACAAAAAUAUCAUUGCGAAAUCCUAAAAGAAGCUGCCUUCUUUUUCAAUAUCGGCUGCAAGGAAUUGGAAAAGGUUUAUUUGAAUUAUUCUUUUCUGUUAAAUUGGAAAAAAAAAAUGUUUAACGAGCUUGAGAAUGUUGCAGUAGUUGAUCGAAAAUUGUUUGAUGUUAUAACAUUUUCGUGAUUGAAAAUUUAGGUCGAAAACCAAAGUAGUUUUCUCUUGCCGAGGUUUCGGGAAGGGAAAUUGGUCUUUUGGACGAAACCUUCAAGGGCCCCUAUGGUUGUCCAUAUAGAAACCACGUUGGCGUAUAGGUCAUUCCGCGCCAGCUUGUCACGAUUUCCAGUUUAUUUGGAGCUAGAGAAGCCUUUUCGGCGCUUCGCUUCGAUGCUCUCGGUGUGCCCCUUGCGUGCGCCUUUAAUAAAACUCAUUAUUUUGGAACUUUGGAAUUUUCCUAUUCUACAAAAAAACAGUUGUAACAUCAAAUUUUAUAUCACAUUAACCCAAAAACUAUAUGCAAGAAAAGCUCGAACAGCCGGUUUCAUUAAUAACAAUUAAAAAGUAGUAAUUCAAUCUUUUUGAUUUUCUUUUUUUUCUUACAAAUCCAGCACAGAAUCUGAGUGUGUAUAGUCCAAGCGAAAAAUGAAAUCAAUCCAUCGAAAACAACCUCGUAAAUUAAUAGAAGAGUGAGAGGAAAUUGAAGCAAUAUCUUAAUCAGAAAUAAUAUUUUAUUAAAGGCGCACGCAAGGGGGAACACCGAGAGCAUUGAAGCGAAGCGCCGAAAGGGGUUCUGUAGCUUCGAGGAAAAUUAAAAUCGUGACAAGCUGGCGCGGAAUGACCUAUACCCAAUUAGGGCAUGGUCUCCACUCGACAACAAGUUGAGAAUUUAGACUUUAUGGGUGGAUAGGCAUAGGUGAGAGUACUCGGAAUCAAGAAUAAAAUUUUGCUAAAACCCCACAGACAGCCGAGGAAAAGCUCGUCGAAAGUUUUCCAGCGCGGUUAUGCCCGCGCUCGGAGCCUUCGGCUUGCAACGGGCGGCGUGGUGUAGUGGUAGUGGUCUUGUGCUCUGUCAAUAUUGGGAUCAUGGUUCGAGUCCUUCUGGCGGAAAUCGUUUUUACCGGCUCAUAACUUUAUUCCUUUCACAUUUUUAUGAGAUUUAUUUCAAAAAUUCUUCAUCGUUUGCCCAUAAAGUGGAAAAAAAACUUUAAAUCGGUAUUUUGUUUAUUGUGGUUUUUGUGGAUUUUUUUUGUGAAUUUUUAGAAAAAAAAUACCGCAAAAAUGUGAACGGAAUGAAGUUAUGAGCCCGCAAAAACGAUUUCCGCCAAAAGGAUUCGAACCAUGGUUCCAAUAUUGACAGUGCACAAGACCACUACCCACUACACCACGCCGCCAGUUGCUAGCCGAUGGCUCCGAGCGCAGCCAUAUCCGCGCUGGAAAACUUUCGACGAGCUUUUCCUCAGUCGCCUGUGGGGUUUAGCAGAAUUUUAUUUUUGAUUCCGAGUACUCUCACCUAUGCCUAUCCACCCAUAAAGUCUUAAUUCUCAACUAGUUGUCGAGUGGAUAAAGAGUCUCGGCAAAAUAACACUUCUUUGCAAAACAUACCUUUGCAACGUCUGAGCGGCUCUUAUAGGGGUAUAACAGCCCCUCUAGGGAACAAGUUGUGUUCCCUAGAGGGCUAAAUUUAAGGUGGUCCCUAUAGGAGUUCAAUGUCCGAUCCCUAAAUCUCCCAAGCUCAAGUGAUCCUUAUAGGGGUCAUAACUUAAUCUAUUGAUCCUCUGUUGACAUUUUUUUGAUUCAAAAAAACGCUCAAAAUGGUUUCGUUGAAAAGUGCUUUCAAAGCUUGUGUGAAAAAGAAGUUUUUUUAUUUUAAUUUCUAGCUGAAAAAAAGUUUUAUAUUAAAUUUUUAUUUUUUUCUUUUUACUGGUUUCAGUUUCCAGGUUACAAUUAUAAAAAAAUAAUUUCUAUUUAGUACUACAUUGAUGAGCAGAAAAAUAAAGAUCGCUUUUCUGUAAAGGAUGAAGUCAUUGGCUUUGCGUCGGACCUUCUUAUCAAUGUGAGAAAAUACUUCACUUCUUUCGUUUUUUUUUGGUGGCGAUCAGAAAUUUGUUUCUAAACUCAAACAAAAACGGUUUAAGCUAAGAUACUACGGACCUCACUGGAAACGCUGGAGUGAGGCCGAACUGGACCGUGUCGGCGUUGACGUCAGUUAAUAAUUGUGAAGUUUUUUUUUGCGGUCGCGGAGCGGCUAGCGUUUUUCGCCUUUAUUUCCGCUAUUCAGAUAGUAGCCGUUUAUAUAGCUGAUUCACGGCUGGCUUGAGCAUCAAAAAAAGGGUUCUGACACGUUAAAAAAAAGAGAUAUAGCGUCUGGUUGGUGCAGAGCGCAGACAGGCCACACCCCUUAGCGUCUUAAGUUAGCCUUAAAUAUCAAUUUCCGAAAUACAUUAUUUUUUUCCAGCUAGACCCCAGAUCUCAAGUCAUGUAGAAUGAUUUCUUUCAGAAUCUCAGUCCACUUGAUAGGCGAGAUGAGAAUUUUGAAAAGGGUAACGCACUGCGUUCGCGACGCGGCUUUUCGAUAGGGAUUUUGGGGUCAAAAGGAAUCAUGAAAAAGUUGUGGAGAUAAUCAUUUUUUCAACUUCAAUUCGUAAAGCUAUAUGCUCCCUUUGACUUCGAGUUCACAGUCAAGAAACCGCGUCGCGUACACAACGCGUCACUCUUGCCAACCUUCACAUCUCGGAAGUCGUGUGAAAUUGACUAUAAAUCGAGAAGUUUUCUGAUUGGUUUCUGGGUUUUUUUUCUAAAGGUCGAAGUAAAAUAACCUUUCGUCUACCGUAUUGGUGGGGUGAACGCGUUGUGCUAAAUCGGGUGAAAGUCGAAUUAACCUGUAGGUGACCCGAUUAAGCACUUGUGAAAGGCUUUAGUCCCUUCUAGAUGUUGUAGGUGUACCUUUCGGUGUUGAGGACUCGGACAGUGGAAUACUAAUAUUAAUUAAUUCAUGACAUAGCGAUAUCCAAUAGAAUCGACCCGUGUUAGCGACCCAUCCUGGUCCGAUCUGUGUCUUCCUCCACUCAAGCUCUCAGAGGCGGCGCCUUGGCACCGCCCAGGUUAGUCAAGCUUCCUAAGAGACGAGUGGGCGGUGGACUGUGUUAGCCUUUGAACGGCGGAACAAAUGAGGCCAGCGGGUGGACGGCACGACAAAAGCGGUUCAACGCUCAGUUCUGAAUCGGGUUCACUGAAGGCUCAUCGAAGCUUCACCCGGUUUAGCACAACGCGUCCACCCCACCUAUAUGAGAGGUCAUUCGGAACAGGCCGCUUCGCGACCGCUUCCAUGGAAUAUUUCAAGUGUUCGAAAAAUGUAUAGAUCAAAUUCCAUUCAGAUCCGUCGAUUCGUGAACAUUUGCAAUCUGUUGCGCGCUCCCCUCCUUCAGUCGGACUAUCUUCUCACCAUUCCUUGGUAUCGUAACUUUCUUCUGACUCGAAAGGCGAAUAGGGCAGAUUGACAAGGGCGACGUGGCUUUUGGCCGGAUUUUCGAGAUCAAACGUAAUUAUGGAAAAAAAAUGAUGAAGAAAAUUUUUUACACUCUACUCCGUUUUUCGCGAGAUACGGCUGUUUUUCUCUGCGACGCUCUUAUGCUUCGGAUCUAUUUUCAUUCUCUGACCUCGGCGGUGAGAGAACAGAGAGACGCAGACACUCGAAAAUUUUCAAGUCGCGGCGAAAGGGCUAUUUAGUUGAUUCAUGGCACCAUCAAAAAAAAGUCUUUCAAUCGUUCGGUUAAACUUCUGAAAGCCAAAAAAAAAAUUAUCAGCAAAUUUCAAAAAAAGUGUUGAGUAAGAGUUUCCCGCCAACAACCGCGUCGUACGCGUUCCCGCCAAUCUUCCAACAUCGCCUUUCGAGUCGUCAUUAAAUUGACUAUUUCGCUGAAUAAUCACUGCUUAUCUAGGCAAGUAGAUUAUAUCUCUCUCGUCGCUUCGCUUGGGGCUGAUUUUCAUAAAAAGGAACUUGGUUUUACCCCGUUGGUCAUGAAAAUGAAUGGGCAAAUCAACAAUCAGAGUCUUGAAGAGUUUGGCUGUUUUAUAAAAUUAACAAUUUUCUCGGCUUGAAACGGCCGGCUGCAGUUCGUGUGGCAACCAAGGAUGCACGGAAGUGCAUUUUUUCUUCGAACGGAAUGCGAAAAGACAGAAAGAAAAAAACCGCAAAGUUCUGAAUCCGGAACUCGGAACGAGCAAUUUCUUGAACUAUUUAGUCCAGUAUGUAAUGAGUGAGACUAGGAAAGUUCUCCUCUCUAGUUUUGAAUGAGAAUUUCAGAAGAUUCAUCAAAAUUAUGAAGAAAAAAAGUAUAUAUGAAAGAAACAUUUUGCAAAAGGGAUUCGAACCCUGGCCAUAGGCCCCGCAAGCAAGCUUUCUACCCACUGCACCAUCUUGCCGGCUGACAGAGGAAAACUUUCCACGCCUCGUAUUUCUUGUUUUCCAAGUCCUGUGAUAAACGCUCGAACUUUGAAAAUACAUAUCUCUGAAACUAGAAGUUUGCGCAGGCAUAGUCUGUGUGCCACGACUUGAAAUUUCACGGAACGACAUUCCGCUGUUCCGUUGCGUGCGGUCGCGAAGCGUCUUUUGAAUCUAGGUCACGAUUUCAAUUGAUUGUUAUCGCGGUGAAAGCACAUGAAAGAAGAGUACCUUGAUAAAAAAAUAUUCAAAAAAAAGCGCGACCAAGGUUCGCAAAGGUGCGCAGCGGCACAGCGGAAUUUCGUUUGGGGAAAUUCCAAGUCGUGGUACACAGACUAUAGUCACUAUCUGGCAUCUCUACUCUGACCUUCAAAGAGUAUUGGAGCGAAUUUAUGGAAAAUUCAAAACCGCAAAAUAAAAUGAUCUCCCUUGUAACACAUUUUCGAUCAUUCACUCCCCCAUUUACACUCUGUCAAAGUUUCGAGAUACGAAAGUUCGAGAAGUGGCAAAUUUUUGAACGCUUCGCGACCGCGCUGCAACACCAUGGCCAGCCUGGCCGGCCCAGCGCAUCGCUUGCUAGAAAUGAACCUUUUUGCUGAUUUCCCCACAGUCAGUUGUAAAGUGGUGAAAAUCGGAGCAUUUCAAGAUACGAGUGGCUAUUCCACCUAACCCGCUGUUUCAAGCCGUGAAAAAUGAAUUAUAUAUAUAUAUACCCAUUCAAACGGUUUUUUUUCUAGAUGGCCAGUUGUGAGCGCUUUGGUUGACGUUGGAUCGCGAAUUUUCUUACCUAUGAGAAAUAAAAAGCUUGUUUUUGAGGCCCUUCAAGAGGGGAACAAACUCGCCGAAAAGCCUAUCGUCGUUGGUUCGUUUUCUUUUCGAUUCGGAACAUGAUAAGAUUUUUUAUAAAUCAAAAGGAUAAAAAUGUUUACUUUGAGUUGGAAGUUUUUGAAGAUUGACGAGAUGGGUGAUUUGAUAUAAUCUUGAGAUAGCGGUGGAGAAAAUUCUUUUUCUUUUUUUUUUCGGGAGAGCAGUUCCCUAAAAGUCCGUCUUGUAUUAGAAAAAAAGGUCUCGAAGCGAAGUUUGAUCUAACUUGGUAUACGGUCUUUUUGGCAGAAAAAAAGACAUGACAAGCUACGCGCGAAAAACUCUAGAGUGGUCCCUAUAGAGGCAACCUUAGGGGUCCUUAGAGGGUCCACUUCAUUAACCCCUAUCGGGCCACUAAAGCUUGCAAAAGUGGUCCCUUUAGGGGACAUUAUAGUCGAUAAUUGUUAUGAACUCGAAGCGAUGAAGCAUAUCCAUGGGAAAAAAACUGUAUAAAAAGUGUUUUUUGAAUGAAAUUGAAAGGCCCCUAUAGGGUUCACUACAGCUUUAGAAGCUAUGAGGUCAGGCCCUAUAGGGACCAUUUUUCGGCCCCUGUAGGAAUUUCCGUUCUCCCCCUAACCCCUAUAGGUACCAGAAUUUCUAAGAAUGGACUAUAAAGGUCUGUGGAAUGGAGAUUUCCCCCAGAAAAUUAGGAAUUCAUUCAUGUUGAGACUUUUGAGAUUUUAAUUCUAUAUGUCCAAGGAGCAGAAAAAUGAAAUGACCUUACUUUUCAAAGAAAUCGCGAGUUUAUAAAUUUUCCUUCUAGAAAACGUUUGUAAGCCUUUUGGUUCGUUAUUAAUCCCAAACUCGAUCUUAGUUUUUACAGAAUAUUGCUCAAUUUUCGAACCUUCAGGCAAGUACAUCAAACUCAAAGACAUUUCGGCGAGGAUUGUUGAAAUUUCCUAUUCGGAAGCCGCUUUAUCGAAAAUUUUGCCGCCAGAAUUGCUCCACUACAUUGGCAUUUGA